GCGUUUCGUCAUCGAUUGGCUCGGGCGGUAACGGGGCACAUUUCUCAGGAGAUUAGAGCAGCAGCUUCGAAAGCGGAGAAAAACAACGUUGACUUCGAGUGGCGACAUGAUGAACAGCGCAGCUGUGUAUCCUCCCCUGAACGCCCCAGCAGGCAACAUGUUCGGCAACAUGCCCGGCUAUGAGGGAAUGGGAGCAGGUUACCUGCCUCCCCCCAUGCCUUCAGAGCCUGUCGCUCCACCCCAACCUGGACCCCCACCUGACAACUGGAACAUCCCUGCUCUGUCAGAGGAGGUUGCUCGAGAUGCGUUCAAGAGCUAUGCAUCAUCUCAUUGCUGCUACGGUUCGGAUCCGGCAGAAAAAGGCGUCAUCACAAACAUGGAGCCUUUCAACGCUUUCAGGUACCGUCUGGAGACGUUCAUUGAGUCCAGGUCGACUGAAAUGACCCAAAAACCUUACGAAGGUGAGACAGCCGACUUCUACAGCCAGCCCGCCCCGCGACCCUGGGAGGUGCAGGUCAAGACCCCCAACCUCUUCACUAACCACUCUGAGGAGGUCCGUGUACCCUUCACCGCCUCCAUUAAGGAAUGCGAUGGCUGCCAUGGCAAAGGGAAGAAGCCCUGCCAAAACUGCACUGGAAGUGGAUAUAAAUCCUGCACAGGAUGCGACGGCUCCGGGAAGAAGGACGAUGAAAACUGCAGUAGAUGCAACGCAACAGGAAAAGACAAGUGUUCAAACUGUAAUGGGAAUGGGACAAAGCAGUGUGAAACCUGCAAAGGCAAAAAGCAGCUGUUGGCCUACAUCAAACUCAAAGUGGAGUGGAAAACCAAUGUGGAUAACCAUGUUGUGGAGCAGAACUCUGGGCUAAAGGUUGAUGACCUGGGUUCAGUGAGCGGCAAGGAGCUGUUCAAGAACAGCCAGUACAUGGUCUACCCGCUGUAUGGGUUCCCAAACCCUACCAUUUACGAGGCCUCUGAGCGUCUGAUUAAAGAGCAUCAAUCCAAGUAUGCUCAAACCUUCAGGAUCCUGCAGCAGAGGCAGACUGUGGAGCUGAUCCCCAUUACUAAAGUAAACUACAAGUGGAAAGAAGGCAUGCACGUCUACUUCGUCUACGGAAACGAAAACAAAGUCAGCGCCGAGAACUACCCGGACAGCUGCUGCUGCGUCAUCCUGUAGACCCACAAACCCACGGCUAAAUACAAACUCGUCUCGUUUUAUUUCGCUUUGCAUUCUAAUGUUUCCACAUUAAAUGAUCCACAACCUCAUUGUUUGAAGACAUAGUCGACUAACUAGUGUUUUGGUAAACAAAACAAAUUUUCUGGUGGGUUUUCUGCAUGUUACAGAAGCUGUGGUGCUUCUCCGUGCAUCCUGAUGACAAAGUAAAGACAAUAGCUGGGUUCAGCUGAUUUAUCUGUGGUUUUAUCUUCAAAUAAUACUCAAUAUUAAUUAUUUUAGGCUGGUUAAACAUACUGUAGAGUUUUUUUAUUGCCUUUAUGGCACUUAAUCCAUUUUUAUCACAAUAUUGCAGUUUAUUAAAACCCUGUGCAAGUUUGUUUUGAAUGAAUGAAUGGUUUAAUUGGUCGAACAGUUUCAAACAAAUAACCAAAUCCUAUAUGAACCAAAAGGAAUAAGCAGAAGCCAUAGGCUUAUUAUGCCUCCCCUUUCAAUCUCCAUGGAUUUCCCAGAACACAGAAAUAUACAAAAUCAACAACCACACAUGAACAAAAGAAGAAGAAAAUACCCAUCAGUGUACAUCAGUGUUCAAUAUAUAAUUAUUAGUAACAUAUGGAAAUGUAAUGCUGAUUACUGAAUAAUUAUCAUCAUCACAACUUCUAGUACUAUAAACUAACUCUUCAUUUAUUUGCAUUUUAAUUUAUUUCUAAAACUUAAAAUAGAGAUACUAAAUUUAUUCCACAGCUUUACACGCAGAACUGAAACACAUCUGUAAUUGACUUUAGUUCUUACUUUUCUUACUUCAAAAACAAAAGACCCUCUUAAGAUUAUCAUCACUUUCCCUUAACUUGAAAAAUCUUUUGAAAGUCUUGUUUUUAACCUGAUUGCCCGAGUUCUUAUCGCUCAAAUUUAAAGACGAAGACCUUACGAAUGGAUUUGUAGUAUUAAAAAGGGCAUUAUUUAUUAAUCUACUUACUCAUUUCUGAAGUUUAUAUACUGGGUCUAUGUUAGUUUCAUGUACAUUAUCCCAAACGUCCACACAUGUAUGGCACUAUAAGUGAAAAAUAAAGUAUAAGCAAACAACUUGUACUUAUUUCUCCAGUUUUAUAAGCGAUGCUAACCAAUCAUUCACCUUGAUGUCCUUAGUAUUCUAUAAAUACCUCAUAUAUUGUGUAAAAAGUUGCUGUUUUACCAACAAGCUGGUGCCUUUAUGUGUCUGGUGCAUCAGUAUUCCUAAAAAAUAACCUCACUUUUAGUAUAUCUCAAGCUGGAGCAAACAGAAUAAGUGACUUUAUAAUAAGUAAAAUUGUCAAUAAUAAUGUUAGAGGCAUUGAAGUUUUGCCUGUUUUCCUCAGAUCCCAGUAAAACAGCUCCUCAAAUAUAGAAUAUUGUUUUUUCUUCGCAAACCCUGUUGUCUUGAUAAAAAUAUCUAAAGAUGAUAAAGGAAUAAUUUUGGCUUCUGACUACCUCGUUUCAGCUUACACCUUCCUUACAUUCAGUCAAGUGCGACUAUAAGUCAUUGUCACGUGUUACUGGCAGCUCUCCUCUUAGUGAUGUGGGUUUAAUGUUUGCCAGAAGAACAGACGCACCAUCAAAACCUCAACAAUACAGUUCUGCUUGUUUCUCUUGGUUUUUUUAAUUAUUUUUUUUACAUGUAAAAAGAAACCCGUCUGUUAAAUGUGGAUAUUUUAAGGUCAGAAUUUAAUCGUUUUCUAAUUCGAGGCACAAAAGUCAGUUUGUUUUUAAAGUUAAAGUGAGAACAUUAGAAAUGUUUGGUAAUUUGUGGCUCGGGGAGUGGUCGCAGGAUGUUGGUCAACUCCUCAAAAUGGUUCCACAGAAGAGUUUCUGAGCCACUUCCUAUUUAUAUGUGCUGCGUACUUUCUGUUGCGUUUAUUGCAGAUUAUGCUACUUUUAUUCAAAUAAACGUUAGAAGAAGAAAGAUCUUUUUAAGGCAGUCUGACAUCAUUCAAAGUCAACUUGCCUUCCUUCAGAGAACUGCCUGUUUUAUUACGACUGUCUGUGACUCUUUAUAGGACAAAGCCACUUCAGUUUUGUAUUUUUGUCUAAUAUUAUUUAACCGCUCAUUUGAGUUUUCAUUUUUGUACUUGUAAAAGCUGUUGAAUAUGACAUAAUGCAUGCAUUUACAUGUAGUCUCUGCUCAUUUAAUAUAAAAAUAUCAACCUCAUAAUAAUCUCCCAGUCAGAAUACACAGUAAUCUUUACUCUGUGUGUGCUUUGUACUGCCCGUGCUCUUGAACGCAGUUUAUUUUUAUGCGCUUUAUACGUCAGAUUAAACGUGCCCUUUAAACAUAGAAUGUAUGUUUACCAGCAGCAUUAAUGCCUUAAUAUGGCACUGUGACUAACAAACACAUCUAUCUUGUGCUACUAACUUUUAAAAUUGCAUAUGAAUAAAAAGUAACCUCUCUCGCCUCA